AUGUCUAAUACUCAACGGAAAGAUGUGUUGACCAACGAUAGAGCUCAGGCUCACAAGGAAGCUCUACUGUAUCUCGAAGACUCUCUCUCCAACAUGAGACCAUUUGGUCGGGAGGCAGAUACCCUCUUCCAAGAACUAGAUGCUCUAAGGCGAGAACAAGUAAACUUAGCCCUCGAACACUUGGCUGUUGAUGAAGGCUUACAACGAGUACACGGACCAGCAGGCUCAGAAGACGAUUUCGCAAAACGAGAUCAAGAAAACUCUUCAAAAUUCGCUAAACGACAAAUCGAUGUUGGAGGCUUAAUGUCGAAACUAGAUCACUUGUCAAAGAAUUUGUCGGAUUUCCAUGAACGCAUGUCGGGAAUGCAUAGUUUUGCGCAUCCUGUCUCCGAUAAUCAGGUGUCUUCUGCGGGAUCUUACGCACUCAGUCCACCACCAGUCAAUCGGAAUGUAGCCGCGAGACCGUAUGCUGCUGCUACCACUACAGCGUCGUCAUCGGCUGCUGCAUCGUCGUCGGGUACAGGUGCUAGGAGGAAUGUGCAGCAGUCUUCAGGCACUUCUCCACGAUCAUCUGUCCGUAUUCCAGACGAGAGAAAAUACGCCGGUAGAGACGAUCCAUAUCGUAACGGCCUGUCAGAUCUCAAUAGAACUGGCAAGCCAUAG